GAGAGUUUGUGAGUGACGAUUGCGAAGUGUGGACUUUCUUGCGGGAGUGUAAGACUUGCGCAAUAGUGCUUUUUUCUGGUGUAAUUCACUUUGUCAGUCUUGACAUUGAUUUCACCUUUAAGUUUGCCGGUAUAAGUGAAUCUCUUGGCAGUUAGUCGCCGGUACUCAAGUAUUUCAAACGCUCCAGGAGCUGCAUUUAGUGAAUUUCUUGACCAUUCUUGGUGCAUACAAGCUUUUAUUCACAACAAGUGACCAUUCGAAGUUAGCUGUGUCUGUGUGAAUUGAUCAAAGCACUGUCAUCAUGUCUGUGAAAGACCAAUUAAUGACCGAAGUUGCGGAGCCACUAAAUAGUUCCGGCAACAAGGUGACUAUAGUGGGAAUCGGUCAGGUGGGAAUGGCCUGCGCAUUCAGUGUACUUACGCAGAGUGUUUCUAGCGAGGUUGUCCUCGUGGAUGUAAUGGAAGAUAAAUUGCGUGGAGAAAUGUUGGAUUUGCAACAUGGUACGGCAUUCAUGAAAAAUGCCCGCAUAGAGGCGAGUACAGAUUAUUCCAUUACGGCCGGAUCACGAUUGUGCGUCGUGACGGCGGGUGUACGUCAGCGAACGGGUGAAAGUCGCUUGGAUUUGGUACAGAGGAACACAGAUAUCUUCAAAGGCAUCAUACCCAAGUUGGUUGAGUACAGCCCCAACACCAUCCUCUUGAUCGUCUCAAAUCCCGUAGACAUUCUCACAUAUGUGGCAUGGAAGCUAAGCGGCCUCCCGAAAAACCGUGUCAUCGGCUCUGGCACCAAUUUGGAUUCAUCACGAUUCCGCUUUCUGAUGUCCCAGCGGCUGGGUGUAGCCCCAACAUCGUGUCACGGCUGGAUUAUAGGUGAACACGGUGACUCCUCCGUACCCGUGUGGUCAGGAGUCAACAUUGCUGGUGUUCGGCUUCGCGAAAUUAAUCCCAACGUCGGUAUGGAUGGUGAUAAAGAGAAUUGGAUUGAGCUGCAUAAGAAAGUCGUCGAGAGUGCCUACGAGGUGAUUAAAUUGAAGGGGUACACUUCAUGGGCAAUUGGACUGUCUGUCGCAUCAUUGGCAUCGGCACUUCUCCGCAACACCCACAACGUUCAUGCCGUUUCAACUUUAGUCACGGGAGAACAUGGAAUAGAUAAGGAAGUCUUUCUGUCUCUGCCGUGUGUUCUCGGUGCGACCGGAGUCAGUCACAUUGUUCGUCAAAUUCUAACCGAAGACGAGACAAAGCAACUUCAAAAGUCCGCCGAACUAAUGAAUGAAGUCCAAUCCGGCCUCAAAUACUGAUAAAUGGUGGAAUUUUCAGCAUUUAUUCUACACUAUACCAUCAACAGUACAUCCAACAUAGCUAAAUAGAAAUGAAUCGUUGGCUUCUAUCUUGUAUCAUUUGCAUUUUUCUCAAUUCUAUAUUAUGGCAUUUUUCGGUGUUGUGUUCUGCGAUAGAGGAUAAAUGUUUUGCGUAUCGAAUAUGAAAAUUAAAAAGAAAACAACAUUUUUUACAAUCUACCUCUUGAGAGAGCCAAAUGGGAGUAAUAUAAUUGUUUAUGUGACAUUUUGAGAUAAAUAUUUGUAUUUUAAAAGUGAACCUCUAAAAUGGAAUGUUUGAUCACUAUUGUGAAUGUAUUAAAUUUGCACACUUUAUAUAUAUUUAUAAUAUUAAAAUCUUUAUGUAAAAUUUACCGUUAA